AUGCAGGCAAUCUCAAGACAGGUCCGGACAGGAGGGGGCUCGCUUCUGCGCCAGCUCUCGCGCAGGCCCUACAGCUCGUCCAGCUCUCCAUACGCCGCGACAAUCGAGAACCUGCGCAUCAACAGCGAGACCAAGGUCAUCUACCAGGGAUUCACUGGAAAGCAGGGAACCUUCCACGCACAACAAGCAAUCGAAUAUGGCACCAAGGUCGUAGGAGGAACGAACCCCAAGAAGGCUGGCCAGACACAUCUUGGCCUCCCAGUCUUUGCGAACGUUUCGGACGCCGUGAGGGAGACUGGCGCGACUGCUACCGCUAUCUUCGUCCCGCCCCCAUUGGCGGCAGCCGGCAUCGAAGAGGCCGUCGCUGCUGAGAUCCCUCUUGUCGUCUGUAUCACCGAAGGCAUUCCCCAGCAUGACAUGGUCCGCCUCACCUCGAUGCUCAAGACCCAAGGCAAAACCCGGCUGGUGGGCCCCAACUGCCCGGGAAUCAUCGCGCCGGGCCAGUGUAAGAUCGGCAUCAUGCCCGGGUUCAUCCACAAGCGCGGCCGCGUCGGCAUCGUCUCGCGGUCGGGAACGCUCACCUACGAGGCCGUCAACCAGACGACGCAGGCGGCGCUGGGCCAGUCGCUCGUCGUGGGCAUCGGCGGCGACCCCUUCAGCGGCACCAGCUUCAUCGACUGCCUCAAGGUGUUCCUGCGCGACGAGGAGACGGACGGCAUCAUCAUGAUCGGCGAGAUCGGCGGCUCCGCCGAGGAGGACGCCGCCGACUUCCUCCGCGAGUACAACACCCACGCCGGCGGCAAGCCUGUCGUCUCCUUCAUCGCCGGCAUCUCCGCGCCCCCCGGCCGCCGCAUGGGCCACGCCGGCGCCAUCGUCUCCGGCGGCAAGGGCGGCGCCGACUCCAAAAUCAAGGCCCUCGAGGCCGCCGGCGUCGUUGUCGAGCGCUCGCCCGCCAGCCUGGGCAAGGCCCUGCGGGACGAGUUCGUCAGGCGUGACCUGCUCUAG